CUUCUUACAGGCGAUGCGGGGUGUGCGGCCGUCAGCCUCCCCACGGAAGGCUUUCCCCAGGGAGUAAGGCGCACCGCUGUGGACGUGGCGCCCACUGAGCACCCCGCGUCGCGAGUAACGUCCCCUUCGAGAAGCUGACACUCAUGGUAAAACAAAGGGGCAGUGCCGGCUCUCUGUCUGCUCUGUGCCAAGAUGCAAGUAUGGACAUAAUAGCCUAUGAUGAUUACUCCAGUCCACCACUUCAGAGAUAUUGAAAGGAAACCUGAAUACCUCCAGCCAGAAAAGUGUGUUCCACCUCCUAGCCGCGCUUCCCUGGGAACAAUGUGGUUUAUUCGAGAUGGCUGUGGUAUUGCAUGUGCUGUCGUUACCUGGAUGCUGGUGUUCUAUGCCGACUUUGUAGUCCUCCUUGUCAUGCUAGUUCCAUCAAGAGAUUAUGUUUAUAGCGUCAUCAAUGGCACACUGUUCAACACCUUGGCUUUCCUCGCUUUGGCUUCACAUUUUCGUGCUAUGCUGACAGAUCCAGGUGCUGUACCCAAAGGUAAUGCCACAAAGGAGUUCAUCGAGAGUUUACAGCUGAAGCCAGGACAGGUGGUUUACAAGUGCCCAAAGUGUUGUAGCAUCAAACCUGACAGAGCCCACCACUGCAGUGUUUGCAAGAGAUGUAUUCGGAAAAUGGAUCAUCACUGCCCGUGGGUCAAUAACUGUGUAGGAGAGAAUAACCAGAAGUACUUUGUACUGUUUACAAUGUAUAUAGCACUGAUUUCCUUGCAUGCUCUAAUUAUGGUGGGAUUUCACUUCUUGUAUUGCUUUGAGGAGGACUGGACAAAAUGCAGUUCCUUCUCUCCACCAACUACAGUGAUUCUUCUCAUCCUCUUAUGUUUUGAGGCUCUCCUAUUUCUCAUCUUCACCUCGGUUAUGUUUGGGACCCAAGUACACUCCAUCUGCACUGAUGAAACGGGUAUUGAGCGUCUUAAAAAUCAGAAGCCGACCUGGGAGAAGAUCAGCGGCUGGGAAGGAAUGAAGCUGGCAUUUGGUGGUGCCUUCUCCUUGGGCUGGUUCAACCCUUUUUCGAACCUGAAUUGCAAGAGCCCAGCACCGGUCGAAGCAGUGGCAGCAGCUCCUGCGUCUGCAAUAAUGACCCAAGAAGAAAUCGAGCAGUUUCUCACUCGAGAUGUUGCCAUCCAAGUGUUGCAUGAAUAAGCAAAGCAUCCUCCGUGAUGUCAGGAGCAGCUUUCAGGUUUUGGUUUUUUUUUAAUAACUAAUUGUGCUGAAGAUUUAAAGGGUUGUUUUUUAACAUACUUCUGGUGCAUUAAAAAAUUCAGGAAUAUCUAUCUGGCAGACAGGUACAGCACUAGCAGAAGCAAUGCAAAUCUCCAGGGAAAGCUCUGUAAGUUAUGAAGUGCAUAAGCUCUUUUUUGGACCUGCAUCAGCUGCUUUACUGAGCUUUUCUUACUUGGCCGUUAAGGAAAGCUUAUAGUUGUCAGACAGAUUGGUCCCAGCUCCCAGGAAUGUGCAGUCCUAAGGAGUCCGGUUCAUCUUUUGCUCUUACAGCCUUUUGGAGGGAUAAAUGAUAAGCCCUGUGCAAUGGCCAGUUCAGCCCAGCUCUAAAGGUUUUCUUGAAAAACAAGUCCUGUUUAGCUCAUCCCAUGGAGGCUGCCUCUGGAUUAUGGAAGCUGCUGGUGCUCAAGUUGUAGCAGAGGUGGGACAUGGGGCUACGGACAUAGAGAUGGGUGAGCUCACCCUGGGCGUAAUUCCUUUGGGCACUGAAGUAUCUCCAGGGGUAAAUUUUAACCAUCUGCACUCAUGGGGCUGCCCAAGGCUGGUGGUGCUUGCCUGAGCAGUGUCGGAGCCGGCGGGCUGGUGGUGGUGCCAGGCUGGCAGGAGAGUUUGCUGGUGGCCAGCACAGCUGAGAGCGGGCAGAUACUGGCUGGGUUGUUGAGUUGGGGCUGGGGGGGAAGCUUUUCCCCAGGGCUGCAGUUCAUUAGCACAUAGGAUGUGUGGAGCAGCAGCUGCCUGGCCAAACUCUGCAGCCCAGGAAGCAAGCAGCUGGUCUAGGCCAGGCACCAGGGCUGUUCCUGGGGUCGGAGGAGAGAGCAAGGCAUGAGCACCCUGCUGAUGGAGGUACUGGCUCUCUCCAUUUGACUUGUCUAAUUUUGAUGUCUCUUUUUUUUUUUUUUUUUUUUUUUUUCUUGAUAGCUAGAAUUACUUGAGAAUUAAUAUUGCCGCUUAAUCUUACUGGGGUUUAAUGUUGUCCUACCAGUACUUGCCAUUACGCAGGGUUUCCUUACGCUGAUUUUGCAGCCAGCUCCUGGUGAGUGUUGGUGAACCCAUAGAAGGAACGUGCAUCACUCAAGGGAAGUGUCACUGCUGGUGGCAAUAGUUGCAGCGAUAUCAUGCAGGGGUGAUGCUCGCCCCUGCAUUCAAGAACGCUACAAACACCUGGCAUCCUCCAGGUGUCAAUGUACUUUUAAUUUAGACUGUUUUGCAAUAUUUUUUUUUUAAUUCCUGUCAUCUCCCUUAGCUUUAUUGUCAGUAAAUUUUGCAGGAUAUUAGAAGGUGUGCUCCUGGUUUUCCCCCACAGGACAUGCCUGACUUUAUCUCCCCCUCCCCUGUAACAUGGACCAAAGAUAAUUGCUUCCUCUCAAAAGUAAGAGAAAGGAGUUUGGGGGAUGAAAGCAUGAUUUUGUGAAAGACCUGUAUGAAGUUUUUAUUCUUUAUAGAAGCAAUACCAAAUGGAAUUUGUGCAAGAUUUUUAUAUUAUUUUUUUUACCCCUGCAAAAAAAGCAUCUUAAUAUGUAUGAAUGGUGUGACAUUCAGGGCUACUGUGGAAAGAUGAGAUUCUGUCCUGGACUUGCCCUCUGCCACAGCCGUCCCUUUGACAGAUAAAGGGACUGGGAACAGAGUGCCAUGACUGUUAGGAGCACAGCUCGGCUAAAACCCAAGGGGUAUUUGCAAACAGUCGUCCCAUCCCCUGUCCCCUCUGGAUGUCUCCUCUUGUCAAUGAAAGAUAGAUUUAGAAAAAAUCAUUAGGAACUGUGUAUUUAUAAAAAUUUAGGUAAAGGGAAACACCCAGCAUCUGGGGGGAAUUGAGGUGUCCUCUCAUGCCAUUUAGACAUGAGGUCUUGAGCGUCUUUGCCCUGUGCAGCAGUGUGAUAGUGAGGGAAGAAGCUCUCCUACUUCUGCACCAGAAUACAUUCCUCUCUGUCAGCAUCCCACAGGAAAGGGACAUCAGGGACACACAGAGAUCUGUAAGGGAUUUCCUACAGGGAGCAAUAGGGAUGUCGAAGGAGAAAAAGUAAGAGUGCCCGUUUUAGCUCAUGUCUUCUAAUUUUGGCUUGCCGUCCAACCUCUGCAUCCCGUUAAUAUCCCUGCCUCCAGUACUGUGGCUGCAGUGGGAAUGGCUCUGCGGGGUCCGGGGGGGGGAACUAGUCGAUGGCUGGAAAUCACCUUGAGGCAGGCAGGUGGGGAUCUGAGCCCAGGAGGGACCACCUCGUGAUGCUUCUCAGGACACAGACCCCAUGUACGUGCGUGCCUUCUGGUGGGCGUGGAUGGAGGCGGUGUAUUUCCUCCUCUACUCUCAAACCUGGUUCGCCUUACCGUGAGAACAGGUGUCCUUCACUUCUGUUUGCCACCUCUUGUGUUGUUCCUCAGGUGCUGGCAUUUCUUGGUGGUUUUUUUAAAAGCUGAAGUGGAAAAGUAGUGUGAAGAGGAGGGUGAGAGACAGAAGAGCUGUCUCCCCUCCUCCCACAGCACAAUUUUGGUCCAAGUGAGAGACGGGGGUAAGUCCCUGUGCCUUACGCAGAGCCGUAGGCAGCCAGGCCAGCGCCGGCUCUGGUGCCCCCCAGGACCUGGUGGGGUGAUUUCCUAUGUCCAGCAAAUCAGUUCUUCUGGUGUCUGUUGGCUGUCAGUCUCCCUCGUCCCCCUUUUCUUCCUCCUGCCCUGGGCAAAGUCCCAGUACCCUUUGGUGUAUCUCCUCUGUGUCGGUAUGGUGUGUCAGCUGUUGGAAAUUGCAGAAGUCUUUGUGAGCUGGAAAAAUCUUUAACUACAGCUCUAGUAUAAACCUUCUUUAAUGACUACCUGGUAGCUUGACACCAAACAUGAUUUUCAUGAAAUUGGAACCAAACCCACCAUUUCCCUUCCCUCCACGCACUCCUUACCCCUUGUUAAAUUGUGCCUUCGUCUUCAGGCCGUGCUGCUAUGGUUCCAGCAACUGGCUGGGCCCUGGGGAAGGUGCUCCUGGAGAGCGUGUUUGUGGUGCCAUAGAUGUGGGGGUGGGGGAGGGUGCUCCCCCUGCACUGCUCAGUGCUGCAUGGGCCACUGGAGAUCCCAUCGCUGCUCCAGCAUGAGGUGUUCAUACAUAAUGGGCAGGGUUGUGGCCGAUGUAGAAAGUGUUCUUGUAUUCUUACUUGGUGUCUUCUAUGGCAGGUUUUCUAUGCAAGUAAAGAAUUUUACAUCUCUUGAAAAAAUAUAUAUUUUGCUAUUUAUAACUCCUUUUUAUGCUAUUGUACUUAUUAAAGGACCGAUGUGCCAUCUGCCAAGGACCACCUGCUCCUCCCUUCCCCAUGGGCACCACGCACGUGGACCCUGCACCUGCUCUGCCCAUGGAGAGGGGCUCCUGCUCCCUGCUGUGCCGCCACAGGAGGUGGCCUUGGGGGGGGACCCAGUGCUGCUGCGGGGUGCUGGGACACCGUGGGCAGAGCAGUGGCAGGGGCCGGGGCAGCCUGACCACCUUCUGUGGCCCAACAGCUGCCUGGGCGCUCCUCUGGGGGUUCCUCGAAUCUUUGAAAAGCAAGGGAGUGGUCAAAACCUUUUUUUGCCUUUUUCUUCCUUCUGGUUUGCUUUUUUUUUUUUCCUCUUCCCGUUUUUUUUCCUCCUCUCUUUUUAUGGGCUGGCACACGGCCAGGUCUAAGUCACCAUUUAUUUUUUUCCACUCUACAGUGCUAAUGCCUGAAUAUUUGCCUUUUAAAUAAAGAAAUAAAUAAACCCCUGUAUUA